CCCAACAAUUUGCUUGCCUGAUUUUAAAACACAUUUAUCCUCAAUAAAUGUCAGUUAGUGUUAUGACUACAGACAAAGCUGAAGAGAUGAAACAGGCGAGAUCACAGCUGAUGAAGUCUUGUCCUGCCACUGAGGUUCAGCUGGUCAGCUAGAGAACACCAGACAUCAUCUGAACAAUGAACAACUUCAGACUGUUGAGACCUGCUGAUCUUCUGCUGGAGAAGGGUGAUAUGGAUCACAGAGCUGUACCCAUAAAGGUUGGAGUCGUGGGUUAUGGACAUCUAGGUCGGUUUCUAGUGGAUCGCAUACAGAGGGAUGGGCCAGGGGUGGGGCUUAGCUUGGCCUUUGUUUGGAACAGAAAUACAGACAAACUUACUGACUCUGUCCCAGACGAUCAGAUCCUGACCGACUUAGCGGAGUUUACAGACAGAAAUGCCGAUGUGAUCGUGGAAGUCUGUCAUCCACAUAUAGUGAAGGAGUUUGGCAUUCAGUUCCUGGCCCACGCAAAUUUCCUGGUGGGCAGUCCCUCUGCUCUAGCCAAUCCUCAGCUGGACCAGGCACUCCGGCUUACUGCAAAGCAACAUGGGAAAACACUCUAUGUGCCCAGUGGUGCAUUAUGGGGUGGCCAAGACAUCCAGAGGAUGAAUGACAGUGGAUCUUUAAGAGCCCUUUCCAUUCGUAUGUCAAAGCACCCCUCCUGUUUCCGCCUCGGUGAAGGUCUGCUCUCUGAUUGGUCAGAAGUGGAGGGGAGGCGUGUCUUGUUUCAUGGCUCUGUAGCAGACCUCUGCCCCAUCGCCCCCAACAACGUGAACACCAUGGCAGCAGCUGCCAUAGCCGCCUCAGCACUGGGUUUCCAUGGCGUCGCUGGAGAGAUUGUGUCAGACACGGCUCUGGCUGAUUACCACCUGGUGGAGAUAGAGGUGACUGGGCUAGACGGCUUCUCUGUGAAAACACAGAGACGCAACCCAGCCGAGUUGGGAGCUGUGACGGGCAGAGCCACUUACAGGUCCUUCUGGAGUAGUCUGCUGGUCUGCAAGGGUCAUGGAGGAAGAGUGUACCUGUGCUGAAGACGAAAGGCUGUCUUCACUCACUCACUCACACUACAGAAGUAUCGCCACUGAGGAAUAUUAUGGAGUUAUUAUACAUAAGAAUAGUGAAUAUAAAUAUUAUAAAAAUAAAUACACAUUAUUUGGUAACAGUAUAGAUUUUAAUUUCUGUGACAAAUUCUCUCUAGUUGUCUGUGUGUGUGUGUGUGUGUGUGUGUGUAAAGUACAUGUGUAAUGCUGUGUUAGUCAUUCAUCUCAUUAAAAGCUAGAUAGUUACACCAACCUCAACACCACACACUCCAGGGAAGUGUCUGAGGGGGUGUGACCAUGGAACUAACACACACCAGAGAAGGUUUAUUCUGUCUCACAUGUGUUGAUAUGAUCUGAGAGGACAGUUUCUGAUCUCUGGGACUGGAGCCACACUGAGACAAGGCCAGAGAUGGUGUUGGCUGGAAAAGCCAGUUGCCAGCAGUGAUUUCAGGUGCCUGUCUUCACAAAACGCACGGCCGCCAUACAUGUCUGUCGGUUUAGUACAAAAGGAGUUUUCCAGGCACUGCGUUAACAGAGUGAUUAGGAGUGUGGGUGGCGACUCACUCACGUCACCCGUGAGCGUCUGUCGGAGUAGCUGCCGUGGCUACAGGAUGUGUGGAAACUCACCCCGUGAGAGCAACAACGUCGAUCCCAGUUCAGCCUGUCUGGGCUUGUGGGAGUGUGGAAGACAACACGUCUACAGUAAAACACAGCAACCGUCUAAACUGACAACAACAUCGACGCUUCGAUCUCAUCGACACACACACACACACACACAGGUCUGCUUCUCAAACCCA